CUGUUGAUUUGAAAAUCUGAGAGAGAGAAUGGAUCAGAUCUUCAAUAAGGUUGGAUCCUACUGGUUAGGCCAGAAGGCUAACAAGCAAUUUGACUCCGUCGGCAGCGAUCUCAACUCGGUGUCAACGAGCAUUGAAGGAGGAACGAAAUGGUUGGUCAACAAGAUCAAAGGGAAAAUGCAGAAGCCGUUGCCUGAGUUACUAAAAGAAUAUGAUUUGCCUGUGGGAAUCUUCCCAGGGGAUGCUACAAACUAUGAGUUCGAUGAAGAGACAAAGAAACUAACUGUUUUGAUUCCAUCGAUAUGCGAAGUUGGAUACAAGGAUUCAUCAGUCUUGAAAUUCACAACAACAGUAACAGGACAUCUUGAGAAAGGAAAGCUAACAGAUGUGGAAGGAAUCAAGACAAAAGUUAUGAUAUGGGUAAAAGUGACAAGUAUAUCUGCAGAUGCAUCAAAGGUCUACUUCACUGCAGGAAUGAAGAAGAGCAGAAGCAGAGAUGCUUAUGAGUCUCCGAUGUCGCAGAGAUGGAGCAGAAAAAAGAGUCGACUUCCAUUAGCGGGUCUCCUCUUUAUGCUCGUUGUCACCUUUAUGAUUCUCUUCAACGAGCGUAGCAUUCAGCAGAUCCACCACCACGCCGCCAGUCACGGUCAAAAUCUCCGAGAAGCUUCGACGUCCAAUCUCGUCAAGCCUAAUGUUCCUGGCAAUUACUACUUGGGAGCUCUUGAGGUUUUGGAUAGAUUCAGCAAAUGCAACUCGACGAAAGAGUACAGUGGGAAGAAAAUCGGAUGGGUUGACCCGUUUGAUGACCCGGGUCAAGGAACAAAGGAGGAGCAGAAAUGUGAUGUCUUCUCUGGGAAAUGGGUCUUUGAUAAUUCUUCAUCAUACCCUUUACACAAGGAAUCUCAGUGCCCUUACAUGUCCGACCAGUUGGCUUGUCAGAAGCAUGGUAGGAAGGAUUUGGAGUAUCAGCAUUGGAGAUGGCAACCUCAUGCCUGCAACCUGAAGAGAUGGAAUGUGACAGAAAUGUGGGAGAAGCUGAGAGGAAAGAGAUUGAUGUUUGUUGGAGACUCAUUAAACAGAGGCCAAUGGAUUUCAAUGGUUUGUCUCUUACAGUCUGUCAUUCCACGUGAGAAGCAAUCUAUGUCUCCUAACGCUCACCUCACCAUUUUCAGGGCUGAGGACUACAAUGCCACGGUGGAGUUUCUCUGGGCACCCUUGCUCGUGGAAUCGAAUUCUGAUGACCCUGUUAAUCACAGAUUGGGCGAACGCAUAAUCCGACCCGAUUCUGUUCUUAAACAUGCAUCAAAGUGGCAACAUGCUGAUAUUCUAAUCUUCAACACAUACUUAUGGUGGAGACAAGACUCUGUCAAGCUCCGAUGGAGCAGUGAAGAAAGAGGCUCAUGCGAGGAGGUGAAGGGCGCCGAGGGAAUGGAGAUGGCAAUGAAUACUUGGGGUGAUUGGAUUGCUAACAAUGUCGAUCCAAACACAAAGCGAAUUUUCUUCGUUACAAUGUCUCCUACACAUCAAUGGAGCCGAGAAUGGAACCCGCGAAGCGAAGGAAACUGCUACGGGGAGAAGAAACCGAUAGAGGAAGAGAGUUAUUGGGGAAGUGGGUCGGACAUUCCGACAAUGAAGAUGGUGAAGAGAGUUUUGGAUAGAUUGGGACCAAAGGUUUCAGUUAUAAACAUCACUCAGUUGUCUGAGUAUCGAAAAGAUGGUCAUCCAUCGGUGUACCGGAAAUUCUGGGAACCUCUAAACGAAGACCGGUUGAAUAACCCGGCAUCGUAUUCUGACUGUACUCAUUGGUGUGUACCUGGAGUUCCUGAUGUCUGGAAUCAAUUGCUUUUCCAGUUUUUGUGAAAAUGAAAUGAACAAAUCCUUUUCUUUUUA